CAGCACCGCCAUCUUCUCCUUCCUCCGAAAGCUCCCCAUAUCUCUCCGUCUGCGAUCAUCCCACCACCGUCGAUCGAUCGAUCGAUCGAUCGGAGCAGCGGCCAUGGUGCACCCGGGACCGUCGCCGAACCCGCAGCUGACGCAGCAGUUCCUGAGCUCCGUCCUCUCGCAGCGGGGGCCCUCGUCGCUGCCCUACGCGGAGGACACCAAGUGGCUGAUCCGCCAGCACCUCCUCGCCCUCGCCACCGCCUACCCAUCCCUCGAGCCCAAGACCGCCUCCUUCACCCACAACGACGGCCGCACCGUCAACCUCCUCCAGGCCGACGGCACCGUCCCCAUGCCCUUCCAGGGCGUCACCUACAACAUCCCCGUCGUCCUCUGGCUCAUGGAGUCCUACCCCCGCCACCCGCCCUGCGUCUACGUCAACCCCACCCGCGACAUGGUCAUCAAGCGGCCCCACCCCCACGUCAACCCCUCCGGCCUCGUCUCCCUCCCUUACCUCCACAACUGGGUCUACCCCAGCUCCAACCUCGUCGACCUCGUCCGCAAUCUCAGCCUCGUCUUCGCCCGCGAUCCCCCGCUCUACUCCCAGCGCCGCCCCGCCCCCGCCCCCGCUCCCGCUCCCCCGAACCCUAGCCCCAGCCCCGGGCAAGGGUUCGGCCUCACGCCGAGCCUGAAUUCGGGGAAUUACGCGCCGAGGCCCGCGAUCCCGCCCCGCGCCUACCCGGCUUCGCCGUAUGGGGCGGUCCCCCCCGCCGCCGGUGGGGCCUCGCAGCGGAUCCAGACGGAGGACCCGAGCGAGGUCUAUAAACGGAACGCGGUGAAUAAGCUCGUCGAGACGGUGCACGGGGACGUGGCGGCGCUGAGGAAGGCGCGGGAGGCGGAGAUGGAAGGGCUGUUCGGCGCGCAGGCGGUUCUGAGGCAGAGGGAGGAGGUGGUGAGCCGGGGCGUGAAGGAGAUGCAGGACGAGAAGGAGGCCUUGGAGCAGCAGUUGCAGAUGGUGUUGAUGAACAGCGAUGUGCUCGAGGCGUGGCUGAGGGAGAAUGCUGGCAAGAAGCCGGGGAGUUUGGAGGCUGAGGAUGCGUUCGAGUGCACUGACGCACUCUCCAAGCAGAUGCUCGAUUGCACAGCUGCAGAUUUGGCGAUCGAAGAUGUAAUUUACUCGAUGGAUAAGGCGGCGCAGGAAGGGGCUAUCCCAUUCGAUCAGUACUUGAGGAGUGUCAGGCUGUUGUCCCGCGAGCAGUUUUUUCACAGGGCGACGGGGAUUAAGGUCCGAGCGGUGCAGAUGCAAGCUCAGGUUGCGAGCAUGGCUGCCAGGGCACCGCAUUAUGUGAGCUGAAAAAGGGUAUUCCUUUUUCGUAACCUCGUAUAUGGCUUAAGAAUUUUGUUCUUUGAAACAAUUACAUGUACUGGAUUGGUGAUUACCUUAAUAAUUUGCUGUGAAAAUUUGCUUUGAUUCGGUAGUUGAUGUGGUAAAUCUCAGAUCGAUGUACCUAUUGCAUUGCACAAGCGAUCUGAUGAUAUAUAAGUUAUGAUUUCUGCAA